UUUCUCUCCACCCUUAAGAUCACUUUGCAUUCCAUCACCAUGGCUGAAGAGAAGCACCACCACCACCUCUUUCACCAUAACAGGGAUGAAGAUCAGCCUGUUGACACCGUCGUCUACUCCCAGACCACAUUUGAUGCUGCCGGAAAUGAGGUUGACUACAGAAAGGAAGAGAAGCACCACAACCAUCUGGAGCACCUUGGUGAAAUGGGAGCAGUUGCUGCUGGUGCUUAUGCCUUGCAUGAGAAACACAAGGCAGGUAAAGAUCCAGAGCAUGCCCAUAGGCACAAGAUAGAAGAGGAGGUUGCAGCUGCAGCCGCAGUUGGAGCUGGUGGAUUUGCUUUCCAUGAGCAUCAUGAGAAGAAAGAAGCAAAGAAAGAAUAUGAGGAGACUCAUGAAAAGAAGCACCAUCAUCUCUUUGGUUGA